AUGGACGACUAUACACCAUUGAGUUCUCCGACGUUCUCCUUAGGCGGCUCAUCAGUUGCAAGCUCGCUGGGCAGCCCGAGAGGCACGGGGAAGCUGCGGCGCAUCGCGUCUAUAUUUUCACGGCGCGAGCGGCAAGUGGCAUUGAAAGAUGUUGAACGUGCUAUGAGACGCGCUAAUAAAAGCCACGAAGUGGCUCAGAGCCAGCGCAAACAUCUAGGUGAAACACUGAUGCUUUGGGCGUCGCAAUCUUCUGAUGAGCGGUACCAGGAGAUUGCAUCUAAACUACAUGAAGUACUCGUUCCACUUUGGUCACUAGAUCCCGGUAUCAAUCAGCAGCUCAGUGACACGUUGGGCAAGAUUGACAACCUCAAAGGUGAAGAGGCGCAGAGAAACCGGCUACAAGAAGAGUUCUGCAUCGCGGAAAAGAUGUUUUAUCGAGGCAAGUGGAAGGGGUUUGCUGCUGUUGACUUGGAGCCCCUGGAGAGGUCAAUUCAAAUCCUCCGGGUUCAGGCUGAUGCUGCAGAUGUCAGAUACCGCCGAGCAAGCAGCCGAGUUCUGUAUUUGGCACUACAUAGCUUUCUUGUUCAAUGUGAAGAAGCAAGUGGAGCUCGGCAAGUAGCUUGCCAAACUGCUCUAGAACUUCUUCGUAAACAGAAUGAUGAUUUUGUGCAGCUGAGUCCCUUUACGCCCCAGCACUUUGACCACUCCCACUACCCGGAAUCACGAAUUGAGACUGACGAAGAUGAGGAUCGUGCGAAUGCCAAAGAGAGUAUUCUAGAACAGGUUAUGCGUGAAGACAACCUCAUGUGUCCUGAAUAUGCUAUGCCUUUUGCUAACUAA